AUGUACAGCGAAGAAUACACUGCCGAGGACGAACCACAGCUCCAAUCCGAGUGGAAAGCAGAUCCUCUCGGGACACACAUGCUCAAUCAUGGCAAAAACUCUGUCAUACUAAGACUAUGGAAGCUGACACAACACUUGUGGCCGGGCAUCUACCCCGAGACAAUAAUCAGCGAAGUGAAUUUGCUGGAGUUUGAGAAUGUGCGCGUCCGCACAAAAGUCAAGAAUGGAGAGGGGAAGGAUGUGCUCCAUUCAUACUGGAGCAAGAACUUUCGCAUCGCCCUCGAGAUGCUUCUCAUACAUCCAUUCUGGGAGUCUCAGCUUUCCAUAAUGAUUAUUUGCAUCCAGUACGCAGUCAUGUGUCGUACAGAUGACCAACGGCACCUGACGUGGCCUCGCAACAUCCUGACAGACUCAAUACUGUGGCAGACCCUCGACAAAUUACUACAGAACGAAAUAAUGGCCAUCAAACCAUUGUCGAGCUUCACAAAGAAGCCCUUGACUGGGUUAAAAGUAGGACAUCGCAACAGUGAGCUCCUCAAGGGAGUCAAUGUGGAACGACCGUUGCACGACUUUGUCUCCAUGCCUUUCGAGACAACAAAACCAUUCCAGCCUAGCCAGCCAGACACGGCCUUUGAAGUCCGUUCCUCUGGUUUCGAGGUCAUUAUCAAGGCUCUGGAUGCAAUGACGGCCAACGAUCACCUCGCCAACCUGGCACCGUUAACGGCCAACCUCGACGAAGCUCCCUCGCAUGGCUACACGCUUGCCUCCGACAAGGGCCAGUCCCCCGUUGUACGCCACUACUCUCUGUCGUUCCUCGAAAAUACCACCAAACACGUGUGGAACAAAUAUCCCGAGGAACACCAGGCCGCCCUCUGCCAGUGUGCGUUGGAGCUUGCCUCGAGCCUGGAGCAACACCGGGAGAGGGUGCUCCUUGGAAAGCGCCGACCCCCGCCGACAUAA